AUGAACCCCCACCAGCAGAACAAGGUAGACAUCAAUGCCAUGACUCCGGAGGAGCAAAAACUCUUCCGUCUCUACGGCAAGAUGCCCAAUAAGAAAGAUCUGCUCCAGAACAAGCUCAAGGAGCGGAAAUACUUCGACUCGGGCGACUACGCCCUCAGCAAAGCUGGCAAAGCCUCCGACGUUGGCGUCACCAGCAUUGGGUCGCGACACCCGGUGCCCGAAAACAUUCCCCACCUCACCGCAACCUCACCCGGAGCCAACAAUGCCGGCAACGGCGGCGUGAACGCACAGGGCCAACAUAUUCCCGGCAGCAUCAGUGGACACCCGGGCUCCAUCGGCUUCCAAAGCCGCAGCCCCGCCAAGGAAGGCAGCUUCCUGCACCGCGGCACCAGCAUGAGCGAGGGCUCCAUUGGACCCGACGACGACAAGGAAGUUAAAGAGCUUAGCGUCAGCCCCCCGGCUGCCCGAGAGGGCGUGCCCAUCCGUCGAUAA